AUGGAGUUCCUCGGGACCACGCAGACGGCCAGCUACUGCGGCCCCAAGAAAAGCUGCUUCCUCCCGGAGGUGGCCCCGAUGAGUAUCAGCCAGGACAGCUACCGCUCCUAUUACCUCCCUGGCUACCGCUACCUGAGCUCCUGGAGACCCAGCCUGUUCUACAAGGUGUCUUCCUUCCGCCCCAAUGACGAUGGGCAAGGGGGCGGGCGCCUCAGUGCCCCGCUGCGCCCCCCCACCAUCUUGCCCUCCACGCGGAGCUCCCUGUACGCCCGCUACAGCCCCCUCGACUGGUUCAACGCCAACCGGGCCCAGUUCCAAGGGUCGGAGGCGUACCGUCACUGGGCCGGCCGGCUGAACGCCGACUCGGGGCGCCUGAUCCAGGACAAGGAGCAGCUGACCCGGCAGACGCAGGAGGGCUCGCGGAAGAACCUGGGCCAGAGGUUGUCCGACAUCGACUUCUGGCGCUCCGAGCUGUCCUACGAGCUGGAGCGGCUGUUGACCGAGACCCGCGCUCUGGACACGGCCAAGAGGCGCCUGGAGUGCGCGGCGGACGAAGCUCAGGGCCCCCUGCAGGUGGCUUUGGAGUGCUUAUACUUCCGAGAGAAGCGGAUGGGGAUCGACCUGGUUCACGACGACGUGGAAAAGAAUCUGAUCCAGGAAGUUGAUUUGAUCAAAUCGUGCCAAGAGAAAAUGAGAAGACUCGCAGAAAGAAUUGAACAACAGCUAAAAAUUAACCGAGACGCCCAGCAUGCCCUUGAGAGGGACCUAGGAGACAAAAACUCUGCCCAUUUCAUCGACGAGAAGUGCUAUAACUUGCGGAACACAUCCGACAGCAUUAACUACUACCAUGGAGUGGAGAAAAUCGAUGGGACAGUCUCAGUCCCCGAAACGUGGGCCAAGUUCAGCGACGACAACAUCCGGUACUCCCAGAACGCGCGCUCCAACUCGGCCCUCCUCCGCGAGGAGACCGACCACACGCUGGAGAGCACCUCGGAGGAGAUGUGGAGGCAGUACACGAACACCAACCUGGCUUUCGACCGCCGCAUCUCGGAGGUGGCUGAGGCCAAGAACAAGCUGCAGGCCCAGCUGGCCAAGACCCUUCAAGAGAUAUUCCAGACAGAGAACACUAUGAUGUUGCUGGAACGAGCUAUCAUGGCCAAGGAAUGCCCACUCAAAGUGGCCCAAACCCGCCUGGAAGCGCGAACGUGGCGGCCCAACAUGGAGCUUUGCCGAGACGUCCCCCAGUUCAAGCUGGUGAAUGAGGUCUUCACCAUCGACGACACCCUGCAGACGCUGAAGCUCCGCCUGCGGGAGGCGCAAGACACCCUGCAGCUGCUGAUCCUCAACAAGGCCCGGCUGGAGCACGACCUCCUGGUGAAGGCGAAUUCCCUCUUCAUCGACAAGGAGAAGUGCAUGGGCAUGCGCAAGACGUUCCCCAGCACCCCCCGCCUGGUGGGCUACACCUGA